UGGGUGAGGGGCUGGGCGACCUCCCCUCGGACUAGGUGAAUAAAUUAUGUUAAUGAGGCCCGGGAGGUUCUGUCGGGGGCUUGGAGGCGGCGUGCAGCAGGAGCUGUGGCCAGUACGGAGGGAAGAGCGGGAGAGGGGAAGCCGCCGCCGCCGCUCUGUGCUACUGACACACAUACAGCGUGCGGGAUAUUCGGGGCUCUCACACCCACAGACGGGGGGCUGCGGAGCCGCGGGGCUGCAGCCACUUGCUGGGUUCCCCCCUCGCUGUGCCGUGCUGCGGCUCUUGAACUGAACCUCGUCUUAGGGGGCGAGCCGGGUGGAGGGGAGAAAGGGAAGCAACAAGUCCGCCCGCUCCAUCUCCGGGAGGGCGCCCCGUUACACCCCCCCCCCAUCUCCUCCCCAUGCACCUGAAAUCUCGCUGACAAGUGGCAGGCGUUUGCAGGCGCCGCUCUUGGGAUACUUCGCAAAGGUGUUUCUCCAGGCGGGUGGGGAGCCUGAAACACUCCCCCCCCCCCCCAAAAAACACCCCACCCCGCUGCUUUGUUUUUGCCCGGCAGGUUUUUUGGGUCUCGCCCUCUCUCCCGCUGGAUGGUUGGUUUUUGAUCCCUCCCGGGGUGCCUUGAUGAGGCUGGCAAUGAAGGCUUUGCUGCGUGCUCUCUCCUGGCAUUGAAAGCGUGUAACCCAUUUCUGGGCUCUUGCUUUAUUUUUUCAGCUGUUUUUUGCCUCUGUAAACUAGUUGCCCCCACCGGGGGGAAGGGGAAGGGGGAGGGCGAGGAAGAACUGCUACAUCUGCAGGGUGGAAAAGCAUGUUGGGGAAAAGCCAAGAAGCCAAAGGGCAGGAUGGCAACGGGGAGCCGAGCUGCCUUGGGGGACAGCGCUGCUGCCUUAGCUGGACUCUGCCCUCCAGUUCGCUGCUGGCUGCUUUCCUGUCAGUGGUGGCUGUAGCCUCCUGUGUGUAUCUGGGGGUGAAGACCAGUGAUCUACAUGCGAGGGUCUCUGCCAUCGAGAGCGCCCAAGGGGACUUCUCUGCUGCUGCGGCUUCUUACCAGCUGCUGCCCGGCUUCUCCCUGGAUCAACUAAAUUCAAUGAUGCAAGAAAAAGUGGAGCGACUUCUAGCUCAGAAAUCCUACGAGCAUUUGGCAAAAAUAAGAAUAGCAAGAGAAGCGCCUCCCGAGUGCAACUGCCCAGCAGGCCCUCCAGGGAAACGAGGUAAGAGGGGCAGAAGAGGAGAGACUGGACCUCCUGGUCAACCUGGUCCUCAAGGCCCUCCUGGUCCAAAAGGUGAGAAGGGAGAUCAAGGUGAUCAGGGCCCUCGGAUGGUGUUUCCUAAAAUCAAUCAUGGGUUUCUCUCUGCUGAUCAGCAGCUCAUUAAACGCCGCCUCAUUAAGGGUGACCAAGGACAAGCUGGACCCCCUGGUCCUCCAGGGCCACCAGGACCCAGAGGUCCUCCAGGAGACACUGGCAAAGAUGGCCCCCGAGGAAUGCCUGGAGUACCGGGAGAGCCAGGAAAUCCAGGUGAACAAGGGUUGAUGGGGCCUCAGGGACCUCCAGGACAAAAGGGUUCUGUUGGAGUGUCUGGUGUUCCAGGAAUAGAUGGACAUAUGGGUGAGCCAGGCUUGCCUGGUGAAGUGGGAGAAAGCGGAGCACCAGGGCUUAAGGGUGACCCUGGAGAACAAGGAGAAAAGGGUGCUACUGGAGAAAACGGACCCAAAGGUGACAUGGGUGAAAAGGGUGAUCCUGGAUCUUCUGCUGCAGGAAUUAAGGGAGAACCUGGAGAAUCUGGUCGGCCAGGACAAAAGGGUGAACCAGGUCUUCCUGGGCUUCCUGGACUCCCUGGGAUAAAGGGUGAACCAGGUUUCAUUGGUCCACAGGGAGAACCUGGAUUACCAGGGUUACCAGGAACAAAGGGUGAAAGAGGAGAAGCAGGGCCUCCUGGAAAGGGUGAGCGAGGUGAACCUGGAGUUCCUGGGCCAAAGGGGAAAUCAGGCGAAUCUGGAACUAGAGGCCCAAAGGGGUCAAAGGGUGAUCCUGGAGACAAAGGUGAUUCAGGAGCAAUAGGUCCUAGGGGCCCGCCUGGACAAAAGGGAGAUCAAGGUGCAACAGAGAUAAUUGACUACAAUGGCAAUAUCCAUGAAGCUCUGCAGAGGAUUACCACCCUAACUGUCACGGGUCCACCAGGGCCACCCGGACCUCAAGGAGCACAAGGACCAAAGGGUGAACCAGGAUCCCAAGGAACUCCAGGAGCUGAAGGGGAGCAGGGUCCUAAAGGCUCAAAGGGGGACGUGGGUGAGUCUGGCAUGCCAGGAGAAAAGGGAGGAAUUGGACUCCCAGGCUUACCAGGAGCCAAUGGUAUGAAAGGAGAAAAAGGAGAUGUUGGUUUGCCUGGUCCUCAAGGUCCUUCUAUCAUAGGACCCUCAGGACCACCAGGGCCGCAUGGGUCACCAGGCCCUAUGGGACCCCAUGGACUGCCUGGCCCAAAGGGAGCAUCUGGCUUAGACGGAAAGCCAGGACCCCGGGGUAUGGAUGGCCCAGUCGGUCCACAUGGCCCAGCAGGUCCUAAAGGAGAUCGAGGUGAAAAGGGAGCUGUUGGUGACCCUGGACCCAGAGGACCAUAUGGUUUGCCUGGCAAAGAUGGCGAGCCUGGCCUUGAUGGUUUCCCUGGUCCUCGUGGAGAAAAGGGUGACCUAGGCGAAAAGGGAGAAAAGGGAUUCCGUGGAAUUAAGGGGGAAAAAGGGGAGCCAGGCCAGCCAGGCCUGGAUGGGCUGGAUGCCCCUUGCCAAUUGGGGCCGGAUGGAUUACCAAUGCCUGGCUGUUGGCAAAAGUGAUGAAUCUAACCUUAGAAGCAUGAAGUUGUGUAUAAUACUCCACUUUUUGUAUUUAUAGUUGAAAACAGAAAUUUUAUUUUACAAGUCUGAGAUAUGUUUACAUGUAGCUGCUUUUACUUGUUUGCAGUAGUCCAUGUGUACAUUUUCUUCACUUACAUCUGCAGUUAGACAAUAUAUAUAACCACAGGAGAAAUCUGCAAAAAUAAAGAUUAGUCUCUCUAUAGAGAUAUCUAUACAGAGAUAAAUCAUGGAGAUUUAGUUUUUUCUGCAAGUUCUCUUAUUUUUGGCUUGUGGACCUGCAUGGACAAUGAGUGCCAUUAACUAGUUUACAUGAAAUUGUGACCAAAUAUGAGCUAAAUGCUAUGAAAUGCACUGUACCAACUGUCAUUGGAAUUUAAUGACUUUGCUUCUAUGUUCAUCUUAAACACUAUCACUGAUUCAUGCCAUCAUCCCUGCUUGUACAGACUAAAAAAAAAAGCAUGAAUUGUGUGCCAAACCUGCUUGUUGUGUGAUCACUCCACAUGCUAAAUGGCUGCUCACUGUGACCUUUGAUCCAAACUUCUGAAUUAUUUCCUUUUGUUAUCUCAAGGGAGUCACACCGUGGCUUAUUGCCAAAAAGAGAUAAAGGAGAGGAGAUUAGAAAAAGGUCUUGAAUUUUUGGGGAACACAGUUCCAACUGCAGGUGGAUGGCUUCCAGUUGUGUGGGUCAUGUGACACCCCCCCUUGGUCAAAAAGGGGUCAUGCCUGUUGAUCAGCAUUGGUUUUUCUUGCACUGCUCACUGUCACGAAGACAUUCAAGAUAGAUGGGUUUAGAUGCCAAGUGCUGUCAGCUGUUUAACCAAGAAGGAAAGAAGUUUGAAGGAGAAACCAGACUUCCUCUGUUGGCAGUUUGAAAAGGUUGAAAAGAUGCCAAGUGGAUCGUUUGACCGCAGGCCCCAUUUGAGAUUAGAAAUUUCUCAGUCUGAUUCAAGGAUUGACACAAUAUGUGCACCACAUAUUGUAUUUUUGGGUUGCUAAAGGAAAGCAUUUCUUGGCAAUGGGGAGUCUUAGAACACUCUCCUAUGGACUAAUGAAACUGAUGGGAUCUAUAUGUACUGUAGUGUGUGUUUUGGAUUAUCCAAUUUAAAUUACACAACUCUUGUAUUUUGUGGGGGGGAAAUGAAACAAAAUUAACCAUAGCUAACUUGCAGAAGAUUAAUUUCAGUAGCUUCUUUCAGAUUUGUUGUGACAAAUAUUUAGGCUUUGAAGGAAGUACUUCACAUCAUGUGUUCCUCUUGUUUCAGUAUUAUCUAUUUUUAGAGUCUUUGAAGCCUUUAAAUUGGAAAAAAAAGUUAUUUCAUUUUACUUUCAUAAGCUGAUUUAUUCACAUAGUUCUUUUUCUGCAAUUGCAAUGAUUUUGCUGAACAUGGUUACCCAAAUAACGUAGAAAACGAGUGAGCCCAAGUGAUUGUCAAGAUAUGGUAGUCACAAUACACUCUAUCAGGUGUAAUUAUUUUUCCAUUUCUGAUCAAGUGACUAGUACACAAAAGAAGCAGAGACUGUUUUGUUUCGCUGCAUUUUGAUUACUGAAAACAUUAAAUUGGUGCAUAGUUUGUAGUUUGAGCCUCCCUGAAAAUUUGUUUGUUUCAGUUACAGUUUGGAGUCUUCAUAUGGUAUAUUUGUGGUCAGAUUAAGAGAUUAAUUUGCAUGAAACAAUUCUGUAUUUGGUAGAUGCAAAUCUUUUUUAGAUCUAUUCAAAUAAUUGUGCAUAUUGAGAUGAUCACAAACUUUUAAUAUACAUGUCUGAGAGGUCAUUUUAUAGGCAGACCAAAAACAGAGUUGCAGAAAAAGAGUAUUUCUCCGUCAAUGUGUAUGCACCCUGCCAUUCCUGGAAAUAUACAUAAUUUGCUGCUCAGGGGGUUUGUAGAUCAUCUGGAAGUGGGGACCUAUCAUGAUUUCACUCUAAAGUGGAUAGUUACUGCUACGUUAGAAUCUCAAAUCACUAGAACCCACACUGUAGGCAUUUCUUUCAUUCUGCAUAAUAUUUUUAUUGCCAUUUCAAUAUAUCAAAACCAUGUCAAGAAAAUAGCUUUUCAAGGAAAGAGAGUUAUUCAUUUUUUUACAUCUAUAAAGAUGACUUCUUUCAUAAGUCUCCAUUUUAGUAUCCUAGAGAAGGCCUGCUUCCAGGUGCAAUUGUUUUUUAAAAGGCCCACUGAUGCUUUGCUAGAAAUGGAUGGUUUACUCUAUUUAAAAAGUAGUAACAACCACCACCAACAGCUUGAUCUUGCAACCCUUGCACAGGCUUGUUAUGUACUGUUGUAGGUCAGAGUGUUACAGUAUGGAAGUUUCACCCAUGAAGGGGAUUACAGGAUCAGGGCAAAAGCAGCAUUCCACCCUGCCACCUCCAAGUUUUAUUCUGGUUUCUUGGGAAACCUUCAGGCUGUCCUCUGAACAGGAGAGAAUCCUGCUGUCCAUGUCCUAAAAUGACACAUAAUGACUAAGUGCAUUAUGCAUAUGCGGACUGGAAGUAUCAUCUUUCUGUAGCACACCAAUUUUUGGGAACCACUCAGAAGCAAGUUAUUGGACUAGGUGGUCUAUUGUCCAGUGCAGUAUGGUAAUUCCUAUCUUCUAAUGAGAAAAAUUGCCCAGUUAGCUAAGACAUUAAGAUAAAAGGUAAUAAUAGUAUGGAGUCCGCUAGUUUUAGUGAAAAAAAUCAGGAUACGUACAUGUUCUCCCUAACAUUCUAUGGUUGCAGAAUAAAUGAGGAAGGUUACUAUAGUGUUAGCAUGCUGAAUAUGGUAGCAAAAACUUGGAAUUGCCCAUGGAAGUGAGUCAUUUUAAGGAGUUAGCACCAAGCUAAACCACUAUUAAAUGUGUGCUGUCCCUUAUCACCACAAUAUUUUUUGCUGUACCUGAUUUGACAUCAACUUUAUAAAUCCUAUUUUGUAAACAAGAAAAGCAUGAGCCUUAGUUCCUAUACUUAUGUUGAGGCUUACAAUCACUAAUGUGGAAUAUCACAGUACAUAUAGUUCUGGUCAUAGUACUUGGUGACUUAAACACAGGGCAAAAUUCAGCUCUGGUGUAAGUGUGCGACAGUCAGUAACACAAUGACCCACAGAAUACAUAUAUAUGUAAACUUAAAAACAAAAAUAAGUAACAUAAAUUCCUUAUUUUUGCUCCCUCCAGGUAAGAAUCUGUCUGUUAACGGGUGUCUUGGAUUUUGGCUAAUGUCAGGAAAGGAUUAUUCCACUGAAAUGACAGGGUCUCAUUAGUAGACAUGCAGUGUUAUCAAUAUAACCAGUCAGAUUAGAACAGUAAUAUCUACAUAUUAAGUGGUAAUGAAAAGGCACCUACAGCAUGCAAAGUGGGGGGGGGGGGGGAAAUCGAGAAAAGGUUGAUAUGUAGUAUAGACAAAAUAGCUCAAGUUGAAUAUUUCAUAAUGAAAAGCACCCUCUGAAGACUUGCAACAUAUUUGUUUAGUUUAAAGACAAUUGGUUUUGGUGCUAUUACCGGUAUAUCAUUGUUUUUCUUUGGCAUUGCAGCGUUGGUUUGAACCACCUGUUUUUAUUAUUACAUUUUUAGUGGCAUUCCUCAUUUGCUUUGUUUAAUUUUGUGAAUAUGCAGAAACAGUGGUUCAUCUACCAACCUUUUCAGUUGUAAAAAUGUGUAGAGGAUAUGAAUUUACUUAGGUUUUGUAUCCUUCACUUUGUUUUGUGAUUAUUUCUUGUUCCUUUGUUUAGGAUUUUCAGUAUUUGUUUGGUACCAAUUUUCUUAUGUAUCUUUAACUUAAGUGUAGUGCAGUCACAUUGAACAGUGGCCUUUUGUCUUUAUUUUCAUAAGCUAGUUAGGGAGGGAGGGGGGAGAACUUUCUUACAGGAUGCUUUUAAACCUCAUUUUUACAAAGUAAAGCCUGAAACAUUCAUUCAGUAUAUUGAUAAGUUAUUUUUCUUUUAAUAUUUUUUUAAUGUAUUGGUGAUUUUGAUGUCACUUGUCUGACAAUCUGGUGAGGCAGAAUGACUCUGUGCAUCCUGUUUACAUGUAUGUUCUCUGUAUACCAUAGAAGUAUUCUUGGAAAGUUUGAAAGAGGUCAAAUCAGCAUGUCUGCAUCCAUAAAAAGAAGCAUAUGUGCUCUAAUAGCUUAAAACGGGUUAUCUUCAAGAGUCAGUGUUAUGUACAGUGUGAAAAAUUUAAACUUUAUAAUAUUGAAUACACACAAAUUAGGUACCUCUGUGUAUUUGUUGUCUGAUGAUGACAGUGAAACAUACUACAACCCUGCCUCUGGCAGUCCUUAACUGCUUAAGAGCAGACAGUGUGGUCUAAUGGCUAGAGCACUGGGUUGGGAGUCAGAGGAAAUUGGGUGAAAUCCUGGCCCCAUUGAAGAGAAUGGGAGUUGUUCCAUUGACUUACACCAUGGUUUCAUUCCCCGGAUUCUGUUCCCAGCUGAGUCACUGCCAUGCUGGGCAAGUCACUUCACUGUGUGCCUCAGUUUCCCCACAUGUAAAAUGGGGAUAAUGAUACUACUUACCUCCUUUGUAAAGUGUUUUGAGAUCAACUAAUUAAAGUGCUAUAGAAGAGCUAAGUAUUAUUAAUCGUGAGAGAAAAUCCAUUGACUUCAAUGGGACUGUGGAUGCAGGAACAAUAUCACUUUUCUGAAAGCAAAUAAGGUCCUACGGGACAUGCAGAAGUUGACAUUUUCUUUCAAACUUCCUUACCUCCACUACUUGUCCAUCAUACAUAUGUAUUGGUAAAUCUGUACCUUUACAUUUUACCUGAGGAGAACACUUCGGUUUUUACAAAGGGAAAAAAAAAGUAUCUCACAGAAGUUCUGAUCUUUGCAAAGAGACACAUCAGAAGCAAGCAUGGAGUAUGGUAGUUCUGGAUACUGAUUCAUUUUCCAUUUUCAUUAAAAUAAUAAGCCUAUCAUCUGAUUGUUUUCUUUCAUAUGGCAACUUGUUUUUAUGAAUCAUGUUACAGUAAUGUGAAAACAAAGAUUCUCUCAAACCUUCUGUUGUUGAAGUAUUUUACGUGGUGGUUCCAUUAAUUAAAUGACGUUGCAAACAAGUGUCUGCCACCUUCAUUUCUGAUGGAAUUUGAACAUAGAUUCCACUUCUCUUUAUGGAGUAACAUAUUAAAAAUAACCUUCUGGAGUGUUGUUUGUUUUGUAAUUUUAAAUAUAUCAAGUUAAUGCUGCUUAGAAACAAUUGUCUUUCUUUGGAGAAUGGGGGCCUUACCCAACCUGGGACCUUUAGUGUUUUAUUUGUUUAACCAAGACAUUAUAUGAAUUUCCCAGAUAUCACUGGUACUUGCACACUUCUCUGAAGUAUUAUUGAAGAGGUUGGUUUGUAGAAGAAGAAUGUUUUACAUAUUAACAUUUAUGUGAAUAUUCUUAUAUUAUUGUACAUGUUUGGGAAAAUAUCAUACAACCUUAUAACAUUUUUUAAAGAUGUAUGUAUCUGACUUUUUCCUUUGGAAAAUAUUAUAUAUUUUUAUUUGUAUUUUUUACUUUUUUCAUCUAUAAGUGCAGUUAUUUUUGUAUUGCAAAUGGUCUCUUGUAAGUACAGUAGAGGACAUGAAAAUGCAAUGAAAAGUAAUUUGGCAAGAGUUACACUGCUUUUGGGAAAACAUUGGGUCAGUCUCAUGUAAUCAGUUCUGUUAAACUCUUUGGAGUGUCUUAUCACUGUAAAUAAUGGCAGAAAACCUGUUUUGCCCAGUAGUGUAAAUAAUUGCAAUGUUUAAAUAAUCCAUUUUAAUUUGUUGUUUCCACUUUGUGGCCUCUGGUUCAAAGGGCAUGAUUUUGGUUUUGUUUUGAAAGUUUCUCCUUGGUUUUCAGUUUUUAAUAUUGUUUUGUUUUGAGUUUUGUACUUGGGUUUUUGGUCCUAGCUUGUGAGAAGUUGAUCUUCAGAAUUAUUUUUACACUAUUUAUGACUUAUUUUCAUAAUGUAAAAAGUGUGUAAUUAUUAAAAUAUUAAUCCAACCAUU